GCAAGUAAGGGAAGCCGGCGCGUUCUCGCUCCCUUUAAGUCAGCUCCUCCCCCGUGUGGUUGUGGCUUUCCCUUCCAUCAAAAGCCCGAUCCGCGACGCCAGCUUUGGGUGGAAAUCCGAAAGCAAGGGGCUUGCUUUCCUUCUUCGCCGCCUGCCUCCCAACCGGCCCUGUCGGGAAACUUCUGUGGAGUUCUUGCUGCCUCUUCUUUGGGGUUAAAAAAAAAAAAUCAAAAUCAAAUCAAAUCGAACCUGCAGCCUCGACCCCCCCCCUCCUCCUCUUUUGCUGCUGCUUCUCUCCCCUUCUGCUACCCGGUCGCGCUCCCUCGCUCGCUCGUUCUCUUUUCCUCUCCUUCUCUCGGCCACUCUCUCUCUCUCACGCACACACAGCCGGUCGUUUCAUCAGCAUCAAGGAGGCAAUGGGAAAAGUUACUGGCUGGUACCCAGGCUGGCACGUUGCUCCGCUCGCUGCCCGGACAUGGCUUUUGAUCCUUACUUUUGGCUUUAUCGGAGCAGACAUCACUUGCAGAUCCUGCCACUGGCAGGUGCAGCUGCAAGAGCACCAGCUGCCGCCGCCGCCGCCGCCAGAGCAUCCCCCUCAACACGGAUUAUUAAUGCACUUGAGGACGGGACGAGGAGGCGAGGAAGCCAGAUGGAGACCGGCGGCAGAGAAAGGUGAGAGGGCGGCAGGGCAGGGGGACGGAGGUGGGGACCCGAUCCUCUCCGCUUCGGAGGAGCAAGAGGCCAGCUCGGGAUCGAGGAGAUGGGGGCACGUGAGCCGGCGGUCCCCAGAGGCUGCCCAGAUCGAUCUCGGAUGGUCCCCCUCGGAGGAUCCCCGCCGGCCUCCCCGCUCCAACUUGGCUCCUACUCCUCCACCAGCCGAAGGGCGCUGGCGGGUCAACUCUGAGGCCCGCCGUCCUGCCAGAUCAGCGCCUCUCGCCCGGCUGGGAACAGAUCAGGCGGAUCGGAGGAGGCAGCCGAGCCGGAAGCCUCGGGGGGCUCCGGCUGAAAGAGACCUGCCGCCGCCGCCGUCGCUGGAAAGCCGGGAAGGGGCAUCCCCGGAGCAGCCGCCGGGCAAAGCCACGCGCUUCCGCGCGGAGGAGCUGAAACUGACCAGCACGACCUUUGCCCUCACGGGGGAUUCGGCCCAUAACCAAGCCAUGGUGCACUGGUCAGGCCACAACAGCAGCGUGAUAUUAAUUCUGACAAAGCUCUAUGACUACAACCUGGGGAGUAUCACGGAGAGCUCGCUGUGGAGGUCAACAGAUUAUGGGACAACAUAUGAAAAGCUGAAUGACAAAGUGGGCCUGAAGACCAUCCUGAGCUACCUCUAUGUAUGUCCAACUAAUAAACGCAAGAUUAUGUUGCUUACUGACCCGGAGAUUGAGAGCAGCCUCUUGAUCAGUUCUGACGAAGGAGCCACCUAUCAAAAGUACAGGCUGAACUUCUACAUCCACAGCAUGCUUUUCCACCCCAAGCGGGAGGACUGGAUUCUGGCCUAUAGUCAGGAUCAAAAGUUGUACAGUUCAGUGGAGUUUGGAAGAAGAUGGCUGCUUCUUCAGGAAAUGGUCACACCGAACAGAUUUUACUGGUCAAGAAUGGGUACUAGUAAAGAGCCAGACAUUGUCCACUUGGAGACGAAGACAGUGGACGGGCAUGCACAGUACAUCACUUGCAGGAUGCAGAACUGUUCUGAAGCCAUAAGAAGCAAACCUUUUCCAGGAUACAUUGACUCCGACUCCCUCAUUGUCCAGGAUGAUUAUGUGUUUGUUCAGCUGACAUCAGGAGGGCGGCCUCAUUACUACGUGUCAUAUCGGAGAAAUGCAUUUGCACAGAUGAAGCUUCCAAAAUACGCUUUGCCAAAGGACAUGCACGUUAUCAGCACUGAUGAGAAUCAGGUAUUGGCUGCAGUGCAGGAAUGGAACCAGAAUGACACUUACAACCUCUAUAUCUCUGAUACUCGAGGGAUCUACUUUACUCUGGCUUUGGAAAACGUCAAGAGCAGUCGAGAUCCCGAGGGCAACGUGAUGAUAGAUCUCUAUGAGGUAGCAGGCAUAAAGGGAAUGUUCUUGGCUAACAAGAAGAUUGACAACCAAGUGAAAACUUUCAUCACCUACAAUAAAGGCAGAGACUGGCAUUUGCUGCAGGCCCCAGACACAGAUCUGAGAGGAAACCCAGUUCAUUGCCUUUUGCCCUACUGUUCUCUACAUCUCCACCUGAAGGUUUCAGAGAAUCCAUACACUUCAGGCAACAUUGCCAGUCGGGAUACAGCUCCAGGCAUCAUUGUGGCUUCUGGUAACAUCGGGACGGAGUUGUCCGAUAAUGAUAUCAGCAUGUUUGUUUCAUCCGAUGCUGGCAACAACUGGAGACAAAUCUUUGAGGAAGAACACAGUGUUCUUUAUCUGGAUCAAGGUGGGGUUUUGGUUGCCAUGAAACAUACAUCUCUGCCUAUCAGACAUCUCUGGUUAAGUUUUGAUGAAGGAAGAUCCUGGAGCAAGUACAGCUUCACGUCCAUCCCACUUUUCGUUGAUGGUGUCUUGGGGGAGCCUGGGGAAGAGACAUUGAUAAUGACGGUUUUUGGACAUUUCAGCCAUCGCUCUGAGUGGCAGCUGGUGAAAAUAGACUACAAAUCCAUUUUUGAUAGACGGUGCGCUGAGGAUGACUAUCGGCCAUGGCAACUUCAUAGUCAGGGAGAAGCAUGCAUCAUGGGAGCAAAACGCAUCUACAAGAAGCGGAAGUCAGAAAAGAAAUGCAUGCAGGGCAAGUAUGCUGGUGCAAUGGAAUCUGAACCAUGUGUUUGCACAGAGGCAGACUUUGAUUGUGACUAUGGAUUUGAGCGCCACAGCAAUGGCCAGUGUCUGCCUGCAUUUUGGUACAAUCCAUCAUCCUUGUCGAAAGACUGCAGUCUCGGUCAGAGUUAUCUCAAUAGCACUGGGUAUAGGAAAGUUGUAUCUAAUAACUGCACAGAUGGUGUGCGUGAACGGUACACAGCCAAGCCGCAGCAGUGUCCUGGCAAGGCCCCACGAGGGCUUCGGCUUGUCACUUCAGAUGGCACAUUGACAUCAGAACAAGGGCACAAUGUUACCUUCCUGGUGCAGCUCGAGGAGGGUGAUAUUCAACGAUCGAUCAUCCGUGUGGACUUUGGAGAUGGCAGUGCUGUGUCAUAUGCCAAUCUUAGCUCAACAGAAGAUGGGAUCAAACACAUCUAUCAGAACGUGGGGAUUUUUCGAGUAACAGCACAGGUGGAAAACAGCCUGGGGGCUGACAGUGCUGUCCUGUACUUGCAUGUAAAUUGCCCUUUGGAGCAUGUCCAUUUGUCAUUGCCAUUUGUUACAACCAAGAACAAAGAAGUUAAUGCCACAGCUGUACUGUGGCCUAGUCAAGUUGGAACACUAACUUACAUCUGGUGGUUUGGAAACAACACAGAGCCAUUGAUCACUCUGGAAGGGAGCAUCACGUUUACAUUUUCUGCAGAAGGAAUGAACACCAUCACAGUACAGGUUGCUGCAGGAAACACCAUUCUGCAGGACACCAAGAUGAUUGCAGUGUAUGAGCAAUUUCAAUCUCUGCGAUUAUCCUUCUCCCCAAAUCUGGAUGAAUACAAUCCAGACAUUCCUGAGUGGAGACGGGAUAUUAGUCGAGUCAUCAAGACAGCUCUAGUUGAGGCAACAGAUAUUUCCAGUGAACAAAUAUUGGUAGCGAUCCUUCCAGGUUUACCAACAUCUGCCGAACUUUUUAUAUUGCCUUAUAAGGAUGCAGCAGGAGAAGACAAACGAUCACCAGAAGAUUUGCAAGAGAUUUCAGAACUGUUGGCACAGAAAUUAAACCAAAAUAUUGUCCAGUUUAACCUAAAGCCUGGGGUUAGAAUUCUUGUUCACACCGCCCACUUGACAGCAGCCCCACUCACAGAUGUUACACCUAGCCACAGUGGUUCAGCUAUGCUGAUGCUGCUAUCUGUAUUGUUUGUGGGACUGGCCGUAUUUGUCAUCUACAAAUUCAAAAGGAAGAUUCCGGGCAUUAAUGUUUAUGCACAGAUGCAGAAUGAGAAAGAUCAAGAGAUGGUCAGUCCAGGCAGUCAAAGUGAAAGCAUGCCUAAUGCCCCUCAGAGCGAGCUGAUGAUCCCAGAGCAACUAGUAGAUGAGAAGUUGGAUACCGGGCUCAUAGGUAAAUAA